UCCUGCACUCCGCUCCGUCACCCCGCACCGCUGCCCUGCCCGGAUUUAGGCCACUUUUGGAGUUGAGUCGCUUCUAACUCAUUUUUUUUCCUGCAAAAUUUGGAGUUUGUUAAACUGCGAGUGCAACUAAAGCACCAAAGCGAGGGGGAACGGGCCUACGGGACUUUCAGAAAUCAACCACAAGUCAAUCCAAGACCCACUCAGGAUGUCAGGAUCCAUCCAAGUGCAACAGGAGCAGCAACGACGGAACCUGGAGACUCAAUAUGAAAGCAGCUACCACCAAAGUUCUCUGUCGUCCUUUAGCCGCCAGUCGUAUGCCGCUCACAUGAGCAGCGUGGGGGUGCAGGCGUCAAGUAGAAAGCAGGAGAAGAAACUGAGCUCCAUCUCCAGCGUGCAUACUUCAGCCAAGAAGCAGGAGAAGAAACUGAGCUCCAUCUCCAGCGUGCAUACUUCAGCCAAGAAGCAGGAGAAGAAACUGAGCUCCAUCUCCAGCGUGCAAAUUUCAGAUAAGAAGCAGGAAAAGAAACUGAGCUCCAUCUCCAGGAUGAAGGCUUCAAGUAAGAUGCAAGAGGAAAAAAAGGCUUUGUACGCCAAGGAACACAAGUGUGCCUGCCUGGCACUGGACAAAGAGGAGAGUGUUGUGGGAUACGUGGUGCCAGUUUGUAGAAGCAGUUAUUUGGCUACACAAGAUCUGAUGGAGAGCCAGGAGGAGGCGAAGGAGGAGGGUUUGGGCUACGUGGUCAUGAAGAACCUCUUCUCCAGAGACACCGAGUACCAGCUGAAACUGGUGAAGAAGAGCCGCAGUACGACUGUGAGGGAGUCUGCAGAAAAAAUGGCCCUUAGCAGGAAGAUUGAAGAAAAGUAUGAGUUCCAGAGGAAGCUGAACACGGACAGUCUGACUCAUCCUCCUGAGUUCAUUGUGAAGCCGCGUGGUCAGACUGUGUGGGAGGGAAAGAGUGUGACGCUGCACUGCACCGUCGCUGGCUGGCCCAAACCUCGCGUGGCCUGGUACAAAAAUAACGUACUCAUCGAUGCUAAGGCUCAUGCUGAGAAGUACACUACAGAAAGCAAUUACAACAUGCACUCUCUGGAGAUUAAAAACUGUGAAUUCACUGACACGGCAGAAUAUCGCAUUUCAGCUCUCAACCUGAAAGGCGAGAGCUCUGCCUUUGCCUCGGUCAUCAUUAAAAGAUUCAAAGAUGAAGAAGUGUCUGAAAGACCCCAUGGUUUCAGUCCUGAAUAUGGAGUUACCUUCAGGACCACCAUUAUCGAUAAGUUUGGAGUGGCUUUUGGCCGUGAAGGAGAGACCAUGAGUUUGGGCUGCACUGUCAUCGUGUAUCCCACUGUGAAACGCUAUCAGCCUGAGGUGCUCUGGUACAGGAAUGGUGUACUUCUGGAGCCAUCCAAAUGGGUGCAGAUGCACUGGAGCGGACAGCGAGCAACACUCACACUCCUCCACCUCAACAAAGAAGACGAGGGACUUUACACUCUGCGCAUCAACACCAAGUCAGGCUUCGACUCUCACUCCGCCUUCGUGUUCGUCCGAGAUUCUGACGUGGAGGUUGAAGGAGUCCCUGUUGCCCCCCUGGAUGUGAAGUGUCAUGAUGCUAAUAAGGAUUAUGUGGUGGUGACCUGGAAACAGCCUGCAGUUGAGGGCAGCAGCUCCAUCCUGGGCUACUUUAUAGACAGGUGUGAAGUUGGCACUCAUCACUGGACCCAGUGUAACGACACUCCCGUAAAAUACGCCCGUUUUCCAGUCACCGGGCUCAUCGAGGGGCGCACUUACAUUUUCCGUGUUAGCGCUCUGAACCUAGCCGGGGUCAGUCACCCUUCUCGUGUCUCUGACCCUGUACUUGCAAUGGACCCAGCUGACCGCGCCCGUCUGAGAGCUGGCGUUUCUGCUCCAUGGACUGGUAUGAUUAAAUUCACUGAGGAAGAACCCACAGUUGGUAUAAUCCCUGGGCCUCCUACUGAUCUGGCUGUGACUGAGGCCACUAAGAGCUACGUGGUGCUCAGCUGGAAGCCUCCUGUGCAGAGAGGACAUGAAGGAGUUAUGUAUUAUGUGGAGAAGUGCAUGGUUGGCACGGACACCUGGCAGAGGGUGAACACUGGAAUGCCAGCAAAGUCCCCUCGCUUUGCCCUCUUCGACUUGGCCGAGGGCAAAUCCUACAGUUUCCGCGUGCGCUCCUGCAACUCUGCAGGUGUCAGCGAGUCAUCUGAGGAAACUGGAGAAACGACUGUUGGAGAUAGACUGGACUUGCCCUCGGCACCCGGGCCGGUUGUGCCGAUCAGGAACACCGCCACCUCUGUUGUGGUGACCUGGGGGUCUUCUAAAGAGGCCAGAGAUCUUGUGCGCUAUUACGUGGAAGUCAGCGUUGUUGGCAGCAAUGUGUGGGUGCCAUGUAACAACAAACCAGUCAAAGACACCAGGUUUGUGUGUCACGGAUUGAACACGGGAGACAAAUGUGUGUUCAGAGUGAAGGCCGUGAACGCUGCCGGCUACAGCACUUAUUCCAGCGAGUCUGAACAAUGCCUUGUAAAAGCAGCUAUUGAGGUGCCUUCUCCUCCCUCUGGUCUCACUAUGGUGGAGCGUGUCCGUGACUACAUGGUGUUGAACUGGCAGGCUUCUCCUAAGACCGGUGGAGCCGACAUCAGGGGUUACUACCUGGACUACAGGACCGUUAAGGGCAGUGUCGUAAGCAGGUGGCAUGAGAUCAACACCAAGGCUGUCACUGGAACUUCCUAUAAGGUGGAGAACCUGAAGGAGAAUCUGUUGUACCAGUUCCAGGUUCGGGCAAUUAACCAGGCUGGUAUUAGCGAGUCCUGUGUCACCGAAGUUGCCUUUGAGUGUAAGGAGUGGACUGUUGCGUUGCCAGGUCCUCCUCAUGGGCUUCACGUGCUGGAGCUGAGAAAGGAUUCACUGGUGCUGCUUUGGGAGCCACCCACAUUCAACGGCCGCAGCCCCAUCACCGGCUACUAUGUGGACAUCAAGGAGGGGGAUGGCAAAUGGAGAGGAGUUCAGGAUAGGUCCACCAAGGAUGAAUUUCUACAGAUAUCUGGCUUGAAAGAAGGCGCCUCCUACAAACUGCGUGUCCAUGCUAAGAAUAUCGCAGGUGUCGGUGGACCCUCUGAAGCCACAGACCCCAUCAUCGCUCAGACUCGCCCAGGCACUAAUGAGAUUGUGGUCGAUGUGGAUGAUGACGGAGUGAUCUCGCUGAUCUUUGAGUGCUCUGAAAUGACCGAAAGUUCUAAGUUUGUGUGGUCGAAGAACUACCAGGAACUCACCGAUACCUCCCGUCUCAAUGUCGAAACAGUCAAGGGAAAAUCCAGAGUCAUCUUUAAAGAUCCUUCACUGGAAGACCUGGGCAUCUACUCUUGUGCUGUCACCAACACUGAUGGAGUUUCUGCCAGCUACACACUGACAGAGGAGGGUCUGAGGCGCUUGUUGGACAUCAGCCACGAUCACAAGUUCCCCAUUAUUCCUUUCAAGAGUCAAAUGGCUGUUGAGCUACAGGAGAAAGGACGUGUGCGAUUCUGGGCGCAGGUUGCCAAGUUUACCGCCAACUGCAAAGUGGAGCAUGUUUUCAACGAUAACAUCAUUACUCACGGAAAGAAAUACACCAUGAAUUUCGACAAGAACACCGGCAUUAUUGAGAUGUUUAUGGACUCUUUGGAAAUCUCCGAUGAAGGAACCUUCACGUUUAACCUUGUUGAUGGCAAAGCUACGGGCCGCACCAGCUUGGUGCUUAUUGGAAAAGAGUUUGCUGAGCUUCAGAAGAAGUCCGAGUUUGAGAGAGCAGAGUGGGUCAGGAGACAAGGUCCUCACUUUGUGGAAUACCUUAGUUUCGAGGUCACCGAAGAAUGUGAUGUGCACCUUAAAAGCAGGGUAGGAAAUAUCAAAGCUGACACCCAGGUAACCUGGAUUAAGGAUGGAAUUGACAUUGCUGAGGGUGAUGAAGAUGCUAAGAAAAUUGGCAUUGCAGAGAACAUGCUGUCCUUCAACAUCGGCAAGCUCACAAAGAAAGACGCAGGUGUUUAUGAGGUGGAACUGUCAGACAGCAGAGGAAAGGAUAAGACAUUGCUUGAUCUGACAGAAGCAGGUUAUAAGGCUGUGUUGAAUGCAAUGUUCAAAGUUAUAGCCCACUCUUCUACCGAAUUGAAGGUUCAGAGCACCGAGCAUGGAAUCAUCCUCUACACACAAGUGGUGUAUCAUACAGAGGAGCUCCCUGUUGGCUGGUUUCACAAAGAUGGCAAGAUUUCAUACUCAGACAAAGUGCAGUGUGGGGUCACAGAAGACCAGCUGUGGCUGAAAAUCAACGAGCCCACAGACAAGAACAAGGGCAAGUAUGCAAUCGACAUCUUCGCCGGCGAGGGCAGCGUCAGGAGAGUUCUUGACCUCACUGGGCAAGUAUGGGAAGAGGCCUUUUCAGAGUUCCAGAGGCUUAAGGCUGCAGCUAUUGCAGAAAGAAACCGAGCACGUGUAAUCGGAGGCCUGCCAGAUGUGGUGACUAUCCAGGAGGGCAAGUCUUUGAACCUCACCGGCAACGUGUGGGGCGACCCACAGCCUGAAGUCAGCUGGGUGAAGAAUGACAAACAGCUGGUACCUGAUGAUCACCUCACGCUCAAGUUCGAGCACGGCAAGUUUGCCAGCAUCACCAUCGCAGCAGUCAGUUCCACUGACUCGGGCAAGUACGCCCUGAUGGUGAAGAACAAGUAUGGAACAGAGGCUGGCGAGUUCACAGUCAGCGUCUACAUACCAGAAGAUGAGGCUGAAAAGAAGGAUUAGAGAAAUGCAGAAGCUGAAGGAGAGAGAUGGGCUAUGAUAUGACCAGUGUGUAUCCUAAAGCAUUUUAUUCCAAAUCAUGUGCAACCUCAGUGUUACAUAAGAAUACAUAUAUAAAUGAUUAAUUAUUACUUCAUCAAAAAUUAACCAGAAUACUUAACACCUUUGUGAAAAGCAAACAUAUCAGUCGCGCCCAGUGUUGUAAUCUAGAAUAACACCAGAUCUAAAGCACUUACAUGGCACAUUCAGUACCCAGCUUUAAUCAACCAAUUAUACUUUUCAUGUUUCAUGAGAAAGGUGAACAUGCUUUGAAAUAAAAUGCUUUAAAUGUUGCCAUAUUCAAACUAGCACAUGUCUUUGCUGUUUUAAUAUUUUAUUUCUGUUUGUGUUGUCUUGCGUUAAUUGUGUCCGUACUAUUUGUUGUUUCCAACCUGGAGGUCAUCCCUCCAUGUUUGAAGGUACAGUAAUUUAGGAAACAGCUCAGCUAAGAGGGUAAACUCCUUUUGUCUAAAUAUAUUCAUUAUAUUAGUACUAAAAGGGAACCUCUUAAAAAUGAUAUAAGAAAGCCAGCACGCUGUAGGAAUUGGUGUAAUGUCUAACUCUAAUGUAUCUCUGUAUGCCGGAUUUGAAAUUGCAUUAGUGCUAUAUGGAUGUGUUUUAAUUUUAAGCAGACUGCGUGAAGCAAAAAAAGGCUUUUAAGGUUCUAGGCUGUCUGUUUAUAUCUGUUUGAUGGUCUGAUGUCACCCUGCAUAUGUCUUAAUAACAGAAACCAAAAGACAGUGUUAUGUGACAAUCACGAAUAAAGCUCUGCAAUGCAAAAAAUG